AUGAUUACUGGGAUGCCUCGAUCGGCAAUACUGGCCGAUAUCGCUACAAAAGAGACCUUGGCUCUAAACAAAGUCCUUGAGUCAUUCGCGGAUUCCAUUAAAAACUCAUGGGUCGACGCCUUCGUCGACAGCACGGUUCUGGUCCGUUCAUGGACCCGGAAGGGCUCUCGUUCUCACACGCUUUCAGACGCCUUGAAGAAACUAUUUCGCACGAUGACAAAGCUGAAUAUCGAUUUGCACCUUACGUUUGUGCCUAGUUUUCAGAACCAAGCCGAUCCCCCCUCACGAAGCCUUACCCUGCAGGACGCUAAAUUAUGCCCAUCCUUAUGGGUAGUCGCACAAGAAUUGUAUGGCGGCGAGGAUGGACACUCUGACGACUUAAUGGCGCGUCCCUCAAACGCUCAAUCCGACUUGUCAGGUGCUCAGUUACCGUUAUUCUCUGAGACUCUUCUGCCUGGAUCCCUGGGAAUAAACGUAUUCGUGCAGUCACCUGAUCUUUAUGAUGUGUCCAUAUUUAAGAACCCUUACGUGUUUCCACCGAUCUGCCUUAUACCUCACGUUAUCCAGUAUCUGCGAAGCUUGCAACUAUCCUAUACCAUCGUGAUUCCUGACGUAUUCCCAAGGCGUUUUUGGUGGCCCUUGUUAACGUCUACAUGUUCCUUCGGCGCGACACCUGUUAGCCUUUGCGGAACCGCUGGAGCUCUCCUUACGCCCUCCAGAAAUGGGUUUUCAAACCAUUGGCCUAUUCCUUGGGAUCUCUGGAUUUUCCGCAUUGGACAGGAGUAG